AUGGGCUGCUCAAGUAGCAAUGGCCAGGCAGCUCCGGCACCCAAGGACGCCCGCCAGGAUGACGAAAUGGAGGAGAAGCCACAGAUGGACUCUGAGGCAGAGCCUGAGACACAACUGGAGGCACCUAUCAUCACGAUUACGCCUCCAGCCGAUGAAGCCAUGAAGGUAAGACAUGAGUUGCUCGCGGAGCCCGCCUCUGAGUCCGCGAAGGCCGACUUGCCACCCGUGGCAUCUGACAUCCACCCAGAUCGCGUCGUGCUGCAAGGACGUGAGGAAGGUCGCUGCCUCUCCAUCUUCACAUGCUGCACCGCUGAGGGCUGA